AUGCCUCUACCAACAACCAAGGUGAAGUUCCUAUACAUAGCUGGAAUCACAAAAUUGUUGAGUUUAUUUACAUCAUGUGCUGCUCAAGCUGGUAACGGAGGUCAUUUGAUGUAUACUUGCAAUGGUCAAGGGUUUUACUCAGACAGUGUUGAAACUACAGCUACAACAGUAGAAAAUCAUGGGUUUUAUUCAAUUAAUGGCUAUCCUAUAUUAUAUCAAGCCGAUGGCUUAUCUGGUCCGGGCCCGCAUAAACUAUAUCCUAUGCUUCCUUCGACCCUAAUUUAUACUUCAGGGAGUGUAUCUAUUUAUUUCUUAAUUGUGGAUAGAAGAGGCACUGCACAGGGUAUGGUAUACUCAUCAGGAGGUCAAUAUGUGACAUGUGACAAGGCUUAA